AUGGCAAGAAUUAAACAAUCAGCUCGUAAAACUGUAGGGGGUAAAGCCCCAAGAAAACAAUUGGCUGCUAAGUCUACUUCAAAUAAAGGUGUAUCAUCUGGUAGUUCAAAAACUACUACAUCACACACUAGAAGGUUUAAACCUGGUACAGUAGCUUUAAAAGAAAUUAGAAAAUAUCAGAAAUCUACUGAUUUAUUAAUAAGAAAGAGACCUUUUCAAAGACUUGUUAGAAGUAUUAUGAAAACUAAAUCUGAUAUGAGAUUCCAAGCAUCGGCUAUUUUGGCCUUACAAGAAUCAGUUGAAUCAUUCUUAACAAUUUUAAUGGAAGAUGCUUACAGAUGUGUUUUACAUGCUAAGAGAGUUACUUUACAACCUAAAGAUAUUUGCUUGGUUUACAAACUUAAAUAUGCACAUAUGUUGUAUUCAGAGAUAUAA